AACAAUUGAAAAUUUCAUUUCAAUAGUUAGCGUACUAAAACAAAAAGCUUAUUCCAAAUCCUUGCCAAUAUGUUCCCAUUUUGAACUAAAGAUCUGCUCUCCGCCUCUCCCAAUCCCGCUGCUAUCCGGUCCUCUGCUCACUGCCUCCCUGCUUCCCGUUCCUGGCGUGCCGGCGGACACCACCUCCCUCCGAUUUAAUGAAACCAAGAUGGAAAGGGAAGGGCUCUGAAGUUAAAGCCCUUGCAGACCCCAUGUCAAAGAUUGUUUCCCAGCUUCAGUCUUCUCUUGUACAAUCCGAUUCUCAAGGAUUACUGUCGGGUUGCAGUGUUCUUCUUGAAGUAGGAGCAGAGCAAAUUGAUCUCCUUAAUCGUGCAUGCUUUGGCAGACCCAUUAUCACAGCUGAGAAGGAUAAGCAAUGGGUUCAGUUGGGAUUAGAGGAAGCUUUUUACUUGUACCAUUGUCUUAAAUGCCUUAAGAUCAUGGGUGAAGAUAAUUGUUCAAAAAAUGAAGAGGAGCUGUGGUUGUGCAUGAAAUCCAAGAAGGAAAAAUUCCCUUAUUUUUACAAGGCUUAUUCUUGCCUUCGAAUGAAAAAUUGGGUGGUGAGAUCAGGAUCUCAGUACGGAGUGGACUAUGUUGUGUAUCGUCACCAUCCAUGUUUGGUUCAUUCUGAAUAUGCUGUACUUGUAUUAUCAGAAGGAGAUGAAGAUGGCAAUGCAAAUGCACGACUGAGGACGUGGUCUGAUGUUCAUUGCACUACGCGACUUUGUGGAAGUGUUGCAAAGGUAUUGUUGGUUCUUAGCAUUAGUAGAAAUGGCCAUGGUACUCGUUCUCCUUCGUGUUUGGAGAGAUUCACAGUAGAAGAGCGCACGAUCACGAGAUGGAGUCCAGAGCAGUGUCGAGAGGAUCAGAAAAUUAUUGAAAAUGGAAAAACCGGUGAAAAAUAGAAAAUUACGGGUUCUAGAGGGAAAUUCUCACAUUGUGUUGGGGGCAUAGUUGGUUGUUUGGGUGCCUUUCGUAAAAAAAAAAAAUAUCACUUGUCUGAUUUAUUACAAUUUUGGAAAAGAUUUAUAGUUGCCUAUCUAAGCAUUCUCAAACUAUUUUGAAAAGUUCUUGUUUUCUUCUAGAUGAAAUAGAAGCAAAAAUGAAAAUGGCUACCAUGACAUGACUACAAAAUUCAGGUCAUUGAAGCUUAAGGGUUGAAAGAAAUGGUGGUGCUCCGAACCAUCUCACUCUGAUUUUUUAUUUUUCAUAUUAUUGUAGCUUAUCAAUAUUUAAAUAUUAGUUAUUAAACACAGAUGAUGAGUGUAAUCUUGAUUAUAGAAUGAAUUAUUUUUUAUCAAUUUUGCAAUUCAAGUAGUGUUUGAGAGUAUAAA